AUGGACCACUCACCGCUAGGCGGCCUCCCACCCGAAGUCCUCGAGAUUGUCCUCCUCGCCUUGCCGCUCAAAGACGCCCUCAAUGUCGAUAUCCUCUGCCGUGAACUCGAAGCUGUUGUUAAAGCUUCGCCGCGCCUGCAGCAUGAGCUUUUCUUCAAGCCGCAAGGCAAACUCCUUGCUCAGCAAUGGGUUGAUGACGAUGGUGCGGAGGUUGGAAGAGAUUUCCGACUCCAAUACACCACCACCGCCGCCAAACCCGCCUCGCCUCCUCGCGCCAACCCCUCCCCCCCCAUCCUGGUCACCAGCACCGAUGAUCCAGGACCCUCGCCACGUUGGGCAUAG